AUGAACUUCAAUCCUCUCGUCUCCUCUCUCUCCCUCUACGAUAUCGUUCCUCCUUCUCUUAUAUUCUGGGUUUUGUUGGUGAUACAGAAACGAUGGUUUUGGAUCUGGGAGAGGAUGGGAUUGUGUCUCCGGCGGAAUCGGGUGAAGAAAACCCGACGAUUACCCGAAACCGAAAAAACGUUCGGUUUAACCUCGGGUUUUAGGUUCUACCCGAACACUGACCCGAACCCGAAGUUUCAAACCCGUAUCCGACCCGAACCCAACCAAAUACCCGAACGGUUACUGAAUUUCCAAACCCGAGUACCCGAAACCCGAUUUAACCGACCCGAACCCGACCGGUUAACCGAAUUCCCAGUAUCAUCUACACUCACCUAA